AUGAUCAAGAACGAACUGUGCAGGAAAUUUAACAUGGAAGUUACCUAUUCCUUCUCUGAAAAGUACCAUAAACACUCUUACAUACUUCGUUGUUAUCCUCGUGAGCUAGUAUGUCUUUACCUGUUUGCAUGAAAAAAAAAUGAGUAUGGCUCCUUCCCUCUAGACAAAGCCAUGGAACAUAACUGAUUCUUUAGCCUUCAAAAACUCGAGCAUUAAUUGGUUCUUAUACUGUUGGCGCCUUCACAAGCUCCAGAGGGCAGUUUUCAGAACAAAAAGACAUAUUUUAUGCCAAAAACCUAACGAGACCUUACUAUUUAGGGCUAUAAAUGUCAGUAACUAUGCUAGUAAUUAUACCAUAUGACAAGAGUUCAGCUCAUACAGCUUGAUUCAGCUAUUUUCCAUUCUUUUUACUUCUUUCAUUUCUUCAGUAGAGUCCCUCGAAAGUCAAACCAUUUUCAUAUUAUGA